UGGGACUUGGCAGCCAGUCCAACUGCAGGUUUCGGUUUAGAUGCAGGUGUUGUGAAUAGAUUGGUAGGCUGUGGGCCAACACAGACUUAUUCGAGAAGAAGAGACUGAUUUAGCUGGGAGAAGAAAGUGAAAGUAUCCCUAAAUAAGGGACACUGGCGACAUUACUGCCUUUUCAGACGGUUUAGAAAUGAUUUAUUGUUAUUUCCUCGCCGUCUGGAUCCUUGCCUCCUCGGCAGUUUCUGGGCAAUCAACACAAUAUGUACUCCUGGGUGAGACAGUCACCUUCAGGACGGAUAUCAGAGACCGCCUUGAUGACAUUCUGUGGAAACAUAAUGGGAAUAAAGUGGUACAAUUUGAUGGCAAUGAGCAAACUGAAUACAACCCAUUUCAAAAGAGGAUCACUCUCGACUGGCACUCUGCAGACCUGGAAAUCAACCAACUGACACAUAGUGACAGUGGACAAUAUGAAUUGGAUGCAGCACAGAAAAAUGGUUUGAAUCGUCUUAACUUUGAAUUGAAGGUCUUAGACAGAGUAACCAAGCCCACCAUAACCUGUAACAUGAGCGAUGGCAGCAGCUCUGACAAAUCUGGAAGUGAAGCCACACUGAUGUGCUCUGCAAAAACAUCACAAUCCUUAAACUACGAGUGGCGCCAACCUGGAAAAAUUCAGUCUGGCCAGAUAUUAACGAUAUCACUAGGGACAGAACAUGACGAUAAAGUAUACAGCUGUACUGCAAGCAACCAAUUGUCCAAAGAAAUAGCUACAUUCACUGCAAAGGAUUGCUACCCUGUUGGAGCCUCAGCUGGACUGAUUACUGGACUGGUUAUUGGCGGGAUAGUAAUACUCUUGUGUGUUUUGGGUGCAGUGUUCUGUGCAGUAAAGCAUAAAGCAUGCUUUGCAAAAAAGGAGAAAACAGACGUGGAACAACAGCCACAUAGUAAGCCUCUUCUUCAAAGAGAAGAAACAAUACCCUCUUCCCACCCGCUUCGCCAUUUGGCAGAAAUUGUAAAGAAUCACAAUUUUGAUCACAAUGAUGAAAAACACAACGAGCUGGACCUGGGCACUAGAGAAAGUAAAGUGUCAGAGGGACAAGAAUAUGAGGAAGCAAGGAAUUUUAUUAAUUAUGGUGAUGGUGCUUCUGCAGCCCAGCCAAGUUCUCCUUUGAUCAACAAGGAAGCUGUUGUUGGGAAAGAUAUCAACUCUGGAAAAAAGAAAGAAAAUGAAUCAAGUGGCUCAGAGUCAGAGGAAGAUAAAUUUGUAACUGCACCGGAGUAUCCUAAUAUUGCUUAUGGUGCUUCUACUAACCAGCCAAGUUUACCAUUGCUCAACAAGACAGUUGUUGUUGGGGAAGAUCUCAACUCAGAUCAGGUCACUGGAGAAAAAAAAGAAGAAAAUGAAUCAGAUGACAUGAUAAAGAAGAAAGGACCACCGACCAUUCCUGAAAAAACAGGUGCAGAAACCACACCAAUAACCUACUUUUUGGUUUUUCCUAUUACAGAAAGCGUCACAGUUUGA